AGCUGCCGCCGGUGGUGAGCGUGGAGAGCUUCGUGCACGCCGCGGACCACGACGGCGACGGCGAGAUCGGGCCCGAGGAGGCCCACCAGCUAUGGGCGCGAGUGCUGGAGGAGGAGAAGCGAUUCGAGGAGCAGGAAGCGGAGGCAUCUGGCGGAGAGCGCGAGCGCGAGGCGGGUGAAAGCGAGACCGGCGGCGGCGAGUCGAGCAUGGCGGAUCUCAUGUCGGACCACCGGCUGGACAUGCCCUUCAGCUAUGGCGGCAGCAGCAUCUCCACCGCCGAAAUGAGCGAUCAUCUGAGUCACAUGCUGACAGGGGAGAAGGUGGUUGCGUGGAUCGUCCACGGCCUACGGCUGCCCCAGUACGCGGAAGUCUUCAGGGCCAACUCAAUCGACGGCCUGGAUUUCCCCACGCUUAUAUCCGAUAACGGGACGUUUCUUAAAGAGGACCUCGGGGUGAAAAGCGCGCUGCAUCGGCAUAAAAUCCACACGGCGAUUUUCCGCCAGGUGUUCGGCUUAGGGAAGGCUCCUGGUGCUCCCACCAACCUAGAGUGCGAGCCGGCUGGGUGUGGCGCUAUUGCUGUUCAGUGGGACCCGCCAGCCAAUCCCGGUGUGCCACCUGUCCAUAAGUACCUUAUCCAGAGACGCGUGGCAACGCGCGUGGCGUCGUGGAAGGACGUGGGGGACACGUCAGAAGAUGCGUGGCUAGAUUCGGCAGGGUUAAAGCCGGGGAUUGAGUACACGUAUCGGAUACAGGCGUGGGGCGGGCAUGGGCCUUCGGAGUGGGUUGUUCUUGAUCAUUGUAGAGCGUUAGCUACUAGCGCGGAUGGGGUUGCUUGCACUAUGGGCGUGCAUCCGCAUCAGCAGCAGCACCACCACCAGCAUCAUCAUCAGCAUCAGCAGCACGCUUUGAAGCCUCCAGCUAUGGAGCCUCUUGGGAGACCCAUAGCAGCAGGAGCAGAGGGGCACAGCCACCCGCAUGCAUCAGAUAUAGUAGCCGUUACUGGAGCGGAGAAGCAGCAGGGAUCGGGUGGGUCGUGGCAGAAACGGUUGGAGUCGGUUGGGGGCACGGAGUACAUUCUGAGCGCUUCAACUGCGCCAGGACCAGGAGUGGCAGCAGAGGAGGCAGUAGGAAGAACGAUAGGAGGGGUAGGCGGGCAGCAGGGCAGCAGGCACGGAGUGGCACAGUCUGCAGAUCAAAGCGCGAAGGAGGCAGAGCAGGAGGCGGAGAGGCGAGGGGAAGAGAGCCCCUCUUCUCCCCUCUGGAGCUUCAUCUGGUCGGUCAACGGCGGGAUUCUUGUGCUCGGGAUCUUCUCCCGCCAUAGCUUCUUCUUCCGCUUCGUCCUCGCUGCUGCCGCUUCCGCGCACCGCCUCCUCCGCCCCCUCGCCUCCGCCCUCUCCCCCUCCCCUGCCAGCCCCUUCCUCCUCGUCCGCGUCGCCGCGCGCGCCCUUCUGGGGCUCCGCGCGGCGGCUGCGCGCGUCUCUGCGCUGCUGCACCGCGUGAUCGCUGCGCUGGUAUCGCCUGGGGACGAUGAGGGCGGGGAGGAUUACGAGCUAAGUCCGUUUCCCAGUGGCAGCAGAGCCGCAAGAAGGUGGUCUGACGGGUUGGGGGAUCAGGCGGACGGGGGACUAGGAGCGGGUGAGGGAAAUGCGUUAGGGGAAGCGGGGGAGGCAGGGGGGCGGGGGUUUAGAGGGGGGUGGGGUGGCGGUGGGGGAGAGAGUUGGGCUGCAGGGGGAGGGAUGGGAGGAGGGCAGGGAAUGCGGCGUGUGGGGCGGAAUAGGUCGUACGAUGAGCUUUCCGGGCGGCAGGAAGGUGAGGCGUCGUUUGGCAGUAGCGAAGGGGGUAUGCCGCGGAAUGGGCUGCUGGCUAGGGGCGGCCAUGAGGAGGCAAGGGCGCGGGUGGGUGAGUGGCGGGGGGAGGAGGGAGAGGGAGGCGGGUGGGGGGAGAGCGGGCGGGUUCAGGAGGCGGCAUCAGAUGAGGACACGGAAUCAAUGAAGUCUGUUAGCUUCAAGUACAGGUGCAACGCGGAAGGCUGCCGCGUGCGGUUUGAUCGCUGGUACACACUAGACGGGCUGAGGCACAGCAUUCUGAAGCACUACUGUCGUGAGUGCCAGGGCGUGUACUGUGUGCGUCACACGCGCAUCUCCCCCCACUCCUCCCGCACCCAGUGCGGCCUCGACAGCCACUGCCUCUGCUUCUCCUGCUACGCGCGCCUCCCUGCCGAGCUGCAGCUUCGGGCCGAACGUAUCAACAAGCUUCGGGUGGGCCCGGUGGCUGGGAGUGGGAGCAGUGGCAGCGCAAGCUUAGGGAAUAGCUUCGGAGGCAGCGGAGGAGGCGGAGGGGGGCGGAACGGUGGGGGGAAGAACGGAGAAGGGGUUUUAAAUGGCAGUGGAAAUAGCAACAGUUUUAGCAGUUCUGGUCAUGGCAGUAGUGGUAGCAUUCGUGCUGGUGGCAAUGGGGAUGGAGGGAAGGGGGUGGGAGGGAAGAUCUCGCCCUCUAGCAGCUGGAUGACUCUUUUAGGGCGCCGGAAUAAUGACAAGAGCGGUGGGGCGGACAAGGGCGGCAGGGAGAGGCAUGUGGGUGGGUCGUUGGCAGAGAGUGCGAGCACGUCGGGCUCGGAUGAGUCUCAAGGCGCAGGUGCAGGCGGAGGGGUGGCAGGGGCAGUAGGGGCAGGAGGGGCAGGGAGAACAGCGGAGGCAGGGGAAGCAGUGUCUGGUUCUGUCUUGGCAGCAGCAGCAGAAGCAGCGGGGGAGGAGCAGGAUACGGGCAUGGUAGAGUUGUCACUGGCAGCAGCAGACCUCCUGCCCGCUGCCUCUCCCACCUCUCCAGACCCUUCCAAUGGCAGCAGCAGGGCCACAAGCGAGCCAGACAUGGGGGCUCCUAGCAAAAGGCCUGGGGCAGCUUCCGGUGUGGCUGAUAUAUGGAAUAGCCUGCAGGAGAGCCAGGAUCUAAGAUCUGGGACUGGGAGCAACGCGCUACCAAACACACCUGGUGAAGCACUGGCAUGCCUGACUGGAAAAGGCCCCUUGCCCCGGUCUGCCGCGUCUGACCCUACAAGCUCUUGCUUGGCGUCUGCUGCUCGUCCCACUUGUAGCUUGGAGGCAAUACCCUCUUGCAGUGAGUCGGUAAGAGAAGCAGAAGAAUCAAGAGGAAAGGGUGGUGGAGUGGCAGCAGCGGGUGGUAGAUGUGUCAAGUUGGAAGCAGCUGGUUCACGAGGGGAGGGAGCAGGGAAGCGAGGCGAGACCAAUGGAAACGGUGCUAUCGACUGGGGGCGACUAGAGCGCUGCCCCAGCCACCUCUCGCGCUCCCGCUCCUCCCGCUCCGCAGACGAGGUGAAGCGGUCCCCGUCGCCCUUUUCCAAGGUGCUUUCUCCUUAUAACGAGUUGCCUUCUGAAGGGGCGCAGAUGGGGAGCCGGGGACGGGGAGGUGGGACAGGGGGAGGGAGUAACUGGUUCUGGUGGUACCGGCAUGGGGGGCAUAGGCAUGGCCAUGGGCAUGGGCACGGUCAUAGGGAGGAGCUGAAGGGGUCUAUGUCUCCAGCACUUGCCUUUUCGGGGAUGUUCACUAGUAAACGGAAGUUAAAAGAAGGUAGUGGGAAGGGCACGUUGGGUUCGGACAAAGGGAGGGGAGAAGCGGAGAGAGGGGGGCAGGAAGAAGAAGGUGAAGUGGGGAAUGGAGGGUCGAGAGCCACCUCUGCCUUCCUUUCGCCCUUUGUGUCCCUCGCCUCCUCUUUUAAGAGGCUCUUCAAACGCCGCUCGUCGCCCGAACCUGCGUUGCAGCCUCAACAGCAUGACGUGGCCGGCUUGGUUCCCGAGGCUGCCCAACAGGCUCGGAAGCGGGGUGUGCCCGAGCUGGAAACCGCGCGAACUUCUCAAAAUGGAACUAGCAGCAGAAUCAGCAGCGCUGCGGGCAAUUUUUUCAGUCAGCCGCCCAGACCGCUGCAACUCUCUUCCAGCCUGGCAGAUGCGACAGGCACUGCCGGCCGCAGGCCGCAUGCGGCGCAUGCGGGGGUGGCGGACGGGGGGCUGGCGGAACGUGCAGCUGGAGCAGCAGUUGCGCCACGAUCUCCGCUCCAGCAGGGCUACAGCGGGGAAUAUGGGCAGCACAAGCAGCAGACGCAACGGGGAAUGGCGCAGCAGGGAAUGGCGCAGCAGGGAGUGGCGCAGCAGGGAAUGGCGCAGCAGGGAAUGGCGCAGCAGGGCAUGGCGCAGCAGGGAAUGGCGCAGCAGGGCAUGGCGCGGCAGGGAAUGGCGCAGCAGGGCAUGGCGCAGCAGGGAAUGGCGCAGCAGGGCAUGGCGCGGCAGGGCAUGGCGCAGCAGGGCAUGGCGCAGGCGCAGGGGUCUGGGGGCGUGGGGCAUCCGGACGUUUACGUGUACUCCACGCUCUUUGGGCUGCUGGGAAGGGGGAGGGACGCGGCGAAUCUGGCAAGGGUGGUGGAGGAGAUGAGGGAGGACGGGUGUGAGCACAAUGCGGUCACGUUGCAGUCGCUGGCGACGGCGUAUGGGCGCGCUGGGAGGUGGGAUGAGGCGCUGGCGACGCUGGGAGCGAUGCAGGGUGGUGAUGGUGGGCAGAGUGUUCUGCAUGACCUCACUCUCAUUGGUCCCCGAGUGGACACGCUCUUCCGAAUGAGCCGCUACGUUGACGCCAUCAAAGCCUUCACCGAGCUGCGCAGCGCCAGGCACGUGCCCGACUCGUUCGUCUACAACACCGUGUUCACCUGCUAUGGCCGCGUGGGGAACUCUUCGGGGGCUGAGGAGGCGUUUAAGGAUAUGAUUCGCCAUGGCGUGCCGCUGGAUGUGCGGUGCGCCAAUAGCCUCAUGGAUGUGUAUGGGCGGACGGGCAGAGUUGAUGAUGCCAUGGCUGUGUUUGACCGCAUGUGCCUCGCUGCUGUUGCUGCUAGUGGGGCGAGUCACAUGAAAGGAGGUGGAGGAGGAGGAUUGGCAAGGGAAAGGGGAGGGAACCGCAGCAAUGCUGACUUGCCUGGUGCUGCUGCUGUAGCAGGGAUACCCCCGCUGAUUCCCCACGUUGCUGCGGACAAUGCAUCCACGUUACACGGGUCAGCAGCACGAGCCAUCACGUACAGCUGUGCCAUCCACCUUCUCAGCAUGGCCGGGCGGCUGACAGAAGCCGAGGAGACGUUCGAGGCGAUGCUGGUGGCGGGCAAGCGUCACGAUACCAUCACAUGGUCCACCAUGGUGCAGAUGUGGGCCAAGGAGGCGAAUCUGGAGCGGGCGGUGAUGUGGUUUAAACGUAUGGUGGCGGCGGGGUGCCGCCCGGAAACCCCUGCAUACAACUCGCUCAUGUGGGCGUUUGUGGGACGGGGAAUGUUUGACGAGGCUGGGGAGGUGCUGACUGCUCUAAAAAACGGGUGGGACCUGGUGGGGCAAGUAGAGCUGGUAGGGCGAGGGGAGGAGCAAGAGUUGAAGCAAGGCGGAUCAGGCAAGUCGGUUUUCGGCUGGCUCAACCCAAGAGGAGAAGGAGAAUUAGGCCCGGGAGACGCCAACAAGGGUGUUGCCGGUGCCGUUUCACCGAGUAAACAGGGAAAUGCGAAGCUUGAGUUGGCCCCGAACCUCAUGACCUACACCAUGUUCCUGAGCGAGUGCACGGAAUCUGCCGCCCGCAGUGACGUGGCGCGGCUGCUGCGGCUGAUGGAAGAGACGGAGCAUGCCGCCCACACGGUGUUUCAACUGCUUACGGAGGAGCCUUUUGAAUCCACCCACACACUGCUGCCGGCAGGUGCUGAGAGCGACAGUGAGAGUGCUCCUCUGAGUGGUGCUGUGUGUGAAGCUGGGAGUGCUGCUGGGUGUGAAGCUAGUGAUGGGGAAACGAGAAGGUGUGAGAGAGAGAGUGAGGGAGGAAGCAUACAGCUGCCCGCAAUAUCCGGGCAGGGCGGAGAAUGUUUUGUGGAUCUGCAUGGCAUGUCAGCGGGGACAGCAGUGACGGUGACCAAGUGGGCGUUGGAGAAGAUGCGGCAGGCUGUGGUGGCCUCCGCUGCUGCAGGUGCUGCUUCAGGUGCUUCUGCUGCUUCGUCCUCUGUUGUGUCAACCGUUGCUAUUUCAUCAACUGCUGCCAAUCCAACAGCAAGUGGAGAAACUGCUGAAGGGGCAAUACAAGGAGAAGAAGCACUUGUAGAAUCCUUAUCACCAUCAGAAUCAGGAGCAGCAGAAUCAUCGCGUCUGCAUGAAUCACCACCAGCACAUCCCUUGCAGUGGCAGCAGCCGUCCAAGGUAGCGGUGGUGACGGGGUGGGGCAAGCGCAGCCGGGUGCAGGGGGCGUCGCUGGUGAAGGCAGCGGUGGAGGCGCUGCUGCUGAGGGACCUCACAGCGCCCUUCUCCCUCCACCGCUUCCACCCCGGUUCCUACGAGGCCCCCGGUGCUGACCUCGAGCACUGGCUGCUCUCGCCAGGUGUCGAGCAAUUAUUGGCUCCCCGAGAUGAGGGCUGA